AUGGCGCUUCAUCAAUUAUUGCUCCAGCAGCUCUCGACUCGCAAUAUCCCAAUUCUUGCAGUUGGGGCAUUUUUCCUCCUACUUAUCUUCCGGAAGCUUUUCACAAGUAGCCCAAAUUCUGAAGCAAAAGGCUGGAAGCCAAUCCCUCGCUACUGGCAAUGGGAUCGAAUAUGGGGUCUUGAUCUGGUAGCGAGUCAGAUCCAUGCCUUGCGAUCAAACCAGUUCUUGGCAUGGCUGGCUAAGCUUCAUGCUAGCAUGCCUCACACAAAGACCUUCAGUAUCAACAUGUUUGGUGUCAAGUGGAUCUACACCUACGAUCCUGAAGUCUUGAAGGCUGUCUAUGCAACUCAUUUCAAGGAAUUUGGUGUUACGCCAAUUGGAAAUCUUCGGAGAGGACUGACCCCCUUCGCUGAUAAAGGUGCAAUCACUACUGAUGGUGAGGACUGGAAGCACAGUCGCUUCUUGAUCCAGCCCUUCUUUGAUCGUCAGGUUUAUACGAGCACAGACAGAGUGGCUCGACACACGGACCAGUUCAUUAAACUACUACCUGAGAAUGGUGAAACUGUUGAUCUCCAACCUCUACUGCAACGAUGGUUUCUGGACAUUGCUACGGAGUUCAUCUUUGGCGAGUCAACUGAAGCCUUGGUAUAUCCUGAGCGAGCCAAGAUUGCCAACACAAUGCUUGACGUGCUUGACGGUGGUCGCCUCCGCGCUCAGCUCAACAGGCUCAUGUUUCUUCGUGAUUGGACUCCCUGGCUGAAGUCAGUCGAAGAAAUCCACGCCUUUGUCACUCCUCCCAUUCGAGAGACCAUCAAGGAGAAGCACGAGCGUGAAAAGAAGAUUAAAGAGGGCACAACUGACUUGGAACCCGAGCGAACUGAUCUUCUUUGGACUAUGGUCCAGAAUCUGGAAGAUGUUGAGGAGCUUAGAUCACAGAUCUGCUUGAUUCUCGUCGCCAACAUCGACACUACAUCUGUGUUUAUCAGUAACUGUGUCUGGUGGCUUGCUCGCUAUCCUGAUGUUUGGGAUAAGAUUCGCCAAGAAGUCCAUGAACUGGGCAACAUCCCGAUGAACUUUUCAGUUCUACGAAACAUGAAGUAUCUGAACUGUGUCAUGAAUGAGACUCAUCGCAUGAUUCCUAACAACGUCUCUCAACUUCGCGGUGCGUUUGAGGACGUCGUGAUACCGGUAGGCGGCGGCCCAGAUGGCAAAUCUCCAACUCUCAUUCGCAAGGGUGAUCUUGUUCUCAUCAACAAGACCGUCAUGUACCGUGAUCCUGAGGCCUGGGGUGAGGACUCCAACGAGUUCAAGCCCGAAAGAUUUGACGGAUAUCGAGGCUCUUGGGGCUUCCUACCUUUUGGUGGCGGGCCCAGACGAUGUCCAGCACAGAUGAUGGUUCAGACUGAGGCGGCAUAUAUCCUUGCUCACCUUGCCAAGACUUUCAAACGCAUCGAGCCUCGGGACCCAGAACCUUACGUGCCAGUUAUGAGAAUUGGGCCAUCGAACAAGACUGGUGUCAAGGUGGCUUUAUACAGAUGA